AUGGCGGACGUUCCUCUCUACGUUGUCUCAGACUACACCUCGUCCGAGAGACGGAUCACUCCAGCUUGGUCCAUCUCGCAGCUCAAGACCAAGCUUGAAACCAUCACCGGCAUCCCUCCCUCUUGCCAGCAGAUCUCUCUCAAGACGUCAUCCGGCGAAAAAAUUGCGGUCGAGGCUCCAGACGAGGAGUCUGUUUAUCUACAACAAUUUCCCCUCGCUCCUUAUGCCGAGUUGCUGGUCGGCGACACGAGACCCGCCUCUGCAAGACCCAAUUUCUCAAGCACGGCUGGUGUUGAGAAGUACGUGUUACCCGAAGAAGAAUAUGAAAAGAAGACGGAUUCUGUCCUGGCAUGGAAGAAAACGGAGAAGCUGGGGCGCUUCGAUCCUAACGCUGCGAGCCAUGAGCAAGCAAAGAUAUCCGCCAUUGCUCAAGAAAUCGAAGUCCGAGGGAUCGCCGUCGGGAAGCGAUGCCAGAUUGGCGACGACGAUUCUCGACGAGGAGAAAUCAAGUAUGUGGGCGAUGUGAAGGAAAUCCCUGGCCCGGGUGCAUGGGUCGGCAUCCAGCUGGAUGAGCCGGUUGGCAAGAACGAUGGGAGCAUUGGUGGUUCUCGCUACUGGGGCGAGGAAUCGCAACUCAAGCAUGGCGUGUUCGUCCGUCCGGAUCGGGUUGAGGUUGGCGACUUCCCAGCACUAGAUGACCUCGAAGACAUGGAGGAGAUUUGA